AUGAGCCACGAUCUUGAAAAUGCAGUUGAUCUGCGGUCGUGGCAGCUACAGACCAGAUUCAUAACGCAGGCUCACAGUAGAAAAGUUUAUGUAAGUAAAAUGACAGAGCAGGAACUCAAGAUGUUACACAAACAGGAGCCAGGAAUUCGUGUACUCGCAGAAAAGUUUCAAGUUGGAAAAACACAGAUCGCGGAUAUUGUUUCUAACACAGAAGAAAUUUAUAAAGCGUGGGUUGAAAAUGGAAAUGAAGAACGAAAAUUAACGAAACUAAGAAAAUGUGAAGGCAGUGUGAUUGAUAAAGAACUUUUGGUCUGGUUUAGCAAAACUCGAGAAAAAAAUUUACCAGUUUCCGGACCAACAAUACAAGAAAAGGCUAAACAACUUGCUGAAGUUCACGGAUUAAACGACUUUAAAGCUUCAAACGGGUGGCUAGAAAAAUUUCGAAAAAGGCAUAACAUUUCGUUUAAAUCUAUCUGUGGGGAAGCUUCAUCCGUUGAUAGAAUAGCUGUUGAUGACUGGAAGAAAAAAUUGCCAAACAUAAUCGAUAAAUAUGAAAAGCGAGACAUCUUCAAUGCCGACGAGACUGAACUUUUUUUUAGAGUUCUACCCAAUAAAACUAUGGCAUUUAAAAAUGAAACGUGCAAUGGUGGAAAAGUUUCAAAAGAACGGUUGACUGUGCUAUUGUGCUGUAAUAUAAUAGGUGAGUUUGAACGUCCUCUCAUCAUUGGUAAGGCAAAACGACCGCGGGCUUUCAAAAAAUUAGACGUAAAUAAAUUUCCCGUUGACUGGUGUUGGAAUAAAAAGGCCUGGAUGACGACACAGAUUAUGACAGACUGGCUCAUGAAAUUCGAUAAACAAAUGAUUAAAAGUCAAAGAAAAGUACUACUUUUUGUCGACAAUGCAGCUCCUCAUCCCCAUCUUAAACUAAAAAAUGUCGAGCUAGUCUUUUUUCCCCCAAAUAUGACGUCUCACUGCCAACCUUUGGACCAGGGCAUAAUCCAACAAUUUAAAAAGCUCUAUCGUAAGCAACUGUUACAAAAAGCUGUUGCUGAUUUGGAUGCUGGAGAAUCUAGCGCUAUAAAUGUUUUGGACGCUGUUCACCAAGUCGAUGAACAAUUAGAACAAACAAUUGAUACUGGAGAACAAUCCGUAAUAGAUAGAGAACUUUUAGCUCUCAUCACACUGAUCGACAGCAGUGUUGAAGUAGAGACAUAUUUUGAAUUAGACAAAAUCAUUUCCACUCACGACACCAAUCUAACGGGCACCGAUGAUCCUGAUGAGCCCGAUGAGCCCGAAAAUAAGGAAGAAGACGAGCCUGCAGAAGCAGAAACUUCAAAAUAUCAAAUUACAAGUUUACAGGAUGUUUUGUCUGCUGUAAAGAGCGUUCAUUAUUAG